UUCUUUUUAAUUUUUAAUUUUUUUAUAUCAUUCUCUUGAAGGUUGAUUGGUUGAAAGGUUACAAUUGUAUAUAAAGACUGCUCAUACACAUAGCUUUUAAAGCCUCAGAAUUUCAACCAUAGUUGCAUAUAAACUUGAACAUUUUUGUCAAAAGCUUUUUGUGAAGAUUUUUUUGUCAGUCCAAUGCAGAAAAUGAAUAUAGACGAUGUCAGAGGGACUACCAGUGAACAUAAUCGGCACAGCCACACUGACACAGAUACAGUUGGGAUUGACACGACAGCUCCGAAUGGUCCUCUAAGUGGACCUUUGACAAAAAAAGCCGAAGAAAAGAGCGCCCGAUUAAACAAUCCCGAACCCACCACCACCAAUAGUACAGCUGGUGGCAGCAUCAGUAGCAGCACAAAGUCUGAUGACAAAACCCACGUCGAGAUCACCCUCGAUGUCCGUGGUGAAGGCCCUAUCGCUGUUCCCAGCGUGAAGACCACCGCUGGAAUCAAUGUCGAAGGUUCUGAGCUCACUUUGCAGGCCAAAGGCCUCGGGAAGAGGUCUUCUUUCAGCUCCUCAGCUGUCAGAAAUGCUUCUUCACGGAUAAGGAAGGUGUCUCAAGAGCUCAAGCGUUUGGCCUCAUUGUCCAAACGAGCCAAGGCGAGUCGCUUUGAGAAGACUAAGUCGGCUGCAGCUCAGGCUUUAAUGGGGCUCAAGUUCAUCAGCAAUACUGAUGGUGGCGCUGGAUGGGCCGAAGUGGAGAAGCAGUUCAAUAAGCUCACCACUUCCACCGGUGGCUUGCUUCCUCGUGCGGACUUCUGCAAAUGCAUAGGGAUGUAUACGGAGUCCAAAGAAUUUGCAGGUGAGCUCUUCGAUGCACUUGCCAGGAGGCGGAAUAUAGCUGGUGAUUCGAUCAACAAGGCACAGCUAAAAGAGUUUUGGAAUCAAAUCUCAGAUCAGAGCUUUGACUCUAGGCUACAAACUUUCUUCGACAUGGUUGAUAAAGAUGCAGAUGGAAGAAUAACUAAAGAAGAAGUCAGAGAGAUUAUCAGCCUUAGUGCUUCUGCCAACAAGCUCACAAAUAUCCAGAAACAGGCUGAUGAAUAUGCAGCCUUGAUCAUGGAAGCAUUAGAUCCAAAUAAUCAUAAAUACAUCAUGAUAGAAAACUUGGAGAUGCUAAUGUUGCAAGCUCCAAACAAUGCUACAAGAGGAGGCAAAAGCCAGAACUUAAACAAACUGCUGACUCGGAAGCUUAAGCCUACUCAGGAGAAGAAACCGUUAACGAGAUGGUUUCAGGACUUAAAGUACAUAUUGCAGGAUAACUGGCAGAGGGCUUGGGUUAUAGCACUCUGGAUUGGGGUUAUGUUGGGGCUAUUUACAUACAAGUUUGUGCAGUAUCGAAAUAGAGCUGCAUAUGAGGUAAUGGGUCAUUGUGUUUGUAUGGCAAAAGGCGCAGCCGAGACCCUCAAGUUGAACAUGGCUCUUAUUUUACUACCAGUCUGCCGAAACACCAUCACCUGGCUCAGAAACAAGACCAAACUAGGUGUCGCAGUUCCAUUUGAUGACAACAUAAAUUUCCACCAAGUAAUAGCAGUGGCAAUUGCAACUGGGGUUGGGAUACAUGGGAUCUAUCAUUUAGCAUGUGAUUUUCCUCGCCUUCUUGACGAAGAUCAUGAGAAAUAUAAUGAACUGAUGAAGAAAUAUUUUGGGGACCAGCCUUCAAGUUACUGGCAUUUUGUCAAGGGAGUGGAGGGAGUGACAGGGAUUUUGAUGGUAGUAUUGAUGGCAAUAGCCUUUGCACUUGCAUCGCCAUGGUUGAGGCGAGGCAACCCAAAUCUGCCCAAAACUCUCAAGAGGCUCACCGGCUUCAAUGCCUUUUGGUAUUCACACCACCUAUUCAUUAUCGUGUACACUCUUCUCAUUGUGCAUGGCAUCAAGAUUUACUUGACCCAUGAAUGGUACAAGAAAACGACCUGGAUGUACUUGGCAGUUCCAAUUGUGCUAUAUGCUUGUGAAAGAUUCAUUAGAGCAUUUAGAUCUAGUAUCAAGCCUGUCAAGAUCCUAAAGGCGCCUGUUUAUCCUGGAAAUGUUUUGGCGCUUCACAUGUCAAAGCCUCAGGGAUUUGAAUACAGAAGUGGGCAAUACAUGUUUGUCAACUGUGCUGCUGUUUCUCCAUUUGAGUGGCACCCAUUCUCCAUUACUUCAGCGCCUGGAGAUGACAACCUGAGUGUUCAUAUCCGAGCUGUUGGCGAUUGGACACGACAACUCAAAACUGUGUUCUCACGGGUGUGCCAGGCAACACCUAGUGGGAGAAGUGGACUCCUCAGAGCAGACUGUUUGCAAGGAGAGAGCAACCCAGAUUUUCCAAGAGUGUUGAUUGAUGGCCCAUACGGGGCACCAGCGCAAGACUACAAGAAAUACGAAGUGCUGAUGCUAGUAGGGCUAGGAAUCGGGGCAACACCGAUGAUCAGCAUUGUCAAGGACAUUGUGAACAACAUGAAGGCCAUGGAGGAAGAAGAGAAUGCCUUAGAGAAUGGAGUGGCUGGUGGUGGCAACACACCACUAACUUCUAGUCCCAUGGCACAAAAGCAAAAGGAUGGAUCAGGGAGUGGUGGUAGUAACUUCAAUACAAGAAGGGCAUACUUCUACUGGAUAACAAGGGAACAAGGCUCAUUUGACUGGUUUAAAGAGGUGAUGAAUGAGGUCGCUGAAAUAGAUCAUAAGGGAGUGAUAGAGAUGCACAACUACUGCACUAGUGUCUACGAAGAAGGUGAUGCUCGCUCGGCUCUCAUUUCCAUGCUUCAGUCGCUAAACCAUGCCAAGAAUGGUGUUGAUGUUGUCUCUGGUACUCGUGUGAAAUCCCAUUUCGCCAAGCCAAAGUGGUGCAGUGUCUAUGAACACAUUGCUCUCAAUCACACUGAUGCUACAGUUGGGGUGUUUUACUGUGGCCCACCAGGACCUACAAAGGAGCUAAGAAAACUAGCUUCAGAUUUCUCUCACGAGACCUCCACUAAAUUUGAAUUUCAUAAAGAAAACUUUUAACCUCAAUGGAAGAGAAAUAAGGCUUGAAGAACCAGCAGAUCACACAAAUCUCUAGAGUCCCACCACCAUUAUCAUCCCAAUCUCUCUAUCUUGUGGAAAGCUAAAGUUGAUGUUCUUGGCUUUCAAGUAUUACUUUACAGAUAGAGAAUUGUGACAUAUCAUGAGUGAAAUUAGAUGCAGGCAGAAGAUAGUGGAAUUGGAAAUGGUUGAUGGAGAUCAGUGGCAGCAGCCCUUAAAGGUAUAUAAAAGGCUUGGAAAUGAGGGUUCUAAGGCUCAAGCCUUAAUUUGGCAUAUGCUAGAUGAUGUGGGGUCCACUUGGAGUCUUGAAUAAUUGGGAUUUUGAUCGAGUUGCAUCAUUUAUGAGCUUGAUGGGCAUGAUGAUGCAAUUCAACUGGGUUUUAUUUGAUUUUAUUUAUGCUAAUAAGUCAUGAGUUUUGAAUUUGAAGAGUUGCGAGUCUUAUUGAUUACCUUAAUUAUGGGGUAAGUUCAAAAGUCAUGAGUUAACUUCCAUGUCAGUCUAAGAGGGAUGAGCAGAAUCCUAUAAAGGGAUGAGGUGUAAUCUUGAUUGGAUCAG